AUGGGCACCACACAAUCCAAGACGGCAAGCGAACCAAUCAUCUUUUACAACCAGAGUGUGCCAACACAGUUUUCUCAAGGUUUCAUUGAGACUUUGGAAACCCGGAAGAAGCCUACUCAAGAGAGCAAUACCCGGUCUGAGGAUGUGGAAGAGCUUGUGCGUCAACGCGUUGCAGAGGAGCUUAAGCGCGAAAAGGUCAACAAUGAUCAAGCAUACAGCGAGCUUGCAAAGAGCAACUUGGAAAAGGAUUACAACUCGGUUGCCAUGGGAACUGAUAUCGAAAACAUGAUCCAACGUGUCCAAAGAUCUUCACGAAAAGAACUCCCUGCAGAGAUUGCAGAGCGUCAAGAAGCUGUGGUUGCAUGCUACAAGAAGCACGCAUCGCGACCAUUGGAUUGCUGGGAGGAAGUUGAACAAUUCAAAGAGUCGGUGGAAAAGUUCCAAAAGAAGUUUGUUGCUGCCCAUCAAUAA